AUGAGCAAGGGUCGCAAUAGACAUUGGGGAGAAUGGAGGAGGCUCCAAAAUGAAAUGGAUAAAUUGAACAAAAAAGAAGAAGCCUUUUGGUUUGAAAAGGCUAGAGCAAAGUGGCUGAAAGAAGGUGACAACAACUCUAGAUUUUUACACGUCCUGACUGUCCAGAUGAGGCACAACAAUGCUAUCACUAGGUUAAUUGAUGACAAUGAGCAACUUCCCGGCGGGAUUCGCUUUCCGGCAGCGGCGGUGGCUUAUCGGCCCCAUUGGCGCGGUGUGAUGGCGCUUGGAGCUGAGGACGGCGGCGGAAGGUCGUCGUUUGAAGGCGUUGCUUCCCGUCGGCAGAGGAGGCCCGACACUUGGAGUCAGCGGCGCGGCUGUGGUGUUGGGUCGGCGUCCGUUGCGUCGGUGCGGGCCUUGAUUCGAUGGUCAGUAGCAUGGAUCCCAUUGGCAAUGAGAUCGGCAGAGGACAUGUCGUGCUCGGCUGAAGAGUAG